CCAAUCACGGAAUGCAUCAAGGUUAAAAGUGAAGGACCGAUAGAAGGAGGCGGCCAGCUGCUGCAGUCGCUCAAUAACGGUGAACUUGAAUGAGUGGGAUUUAAUGAAUUAGAGACAAGGCGUCAAAUCUCCAGCAUCUCCUCCUCACAGAUGCGCUCUUCGCAGUAAAAACUAUCCGCCGGACUUAGCCAGCUCUGAUGAUCUCGCUCUGUAAAUAAAUAUGAGAAAUGUAUCAGUGCAGUAGCUGAAGCUGAGGUGUAGUCUACGAAAACCUGGCGACGAGCUGUGAUGCGACGUCUGAGCGCAGAAAGUCUGUCGCUAUCAACUGAGCCACUGACCAAAUCGCUUCAAGGCAAAACUCCAUAGGCUAAAUUAUGGACACGUCCGUGGAAUACGAUGUGAACAAAUCGGAGUCGAUCGGAAGAAAGGAGCACCUGUUCAAAGCGCCAUACCCGACGCUGUGGACCGCCGUGCUAACCUUUCUUAUCGCCCUGCUGGUGGUGGCCACCGUCUUUGGAAACGCGCUGGUCAUGCUGGCGUUUGUCGUGGACAAGAGCCUCAGGACACAGAACAACUUUUUCCUCCUAAAUCUGGCGAUUUCCGAUUUCUUAGUGGGUGCAUUCUGCAUCCCCCUCUAUACCCCCUAUGUGCUGACGGGGCGAUGGACUCUUGGCAGAACGCUCUGCAAACUCUGGCUGGUGAUGGAUUAUCUGCUUUGCACCUCAUCCGUUUUCAACAUUGUGUUGAUCAGUUAUGACCGAUUCCUCUCUGUCACCCAAGCUGUUGCUUACAGAGCCCAACAAGGGAAAAUAUGUCAAGCUGUUGGCAAAAUGGUUCUAGUCUGGGUGUUGGCAUUCCUGCUAUAUGGCCCUGCCAUAAUGACAUGGGAGUAUAUUGCUGGGGGCAGCACUGUUGAAAAUGAAGAAUGCUAUGCAGGGUUUUAUUAUAAUUGGCAUUUUCUAAUGACGGCAUCGACUGUGGAGUUCUUCACUCCUUUUGUAAGUGUAACCUUCUUUAAUUUGAGCAUAUACCUGAAUAUCCGAAGGCGCACUAAACCUCAAAGCGAAGGGAUUAAAGAGAUGUGGGUCAAAGCCAAGGCAGGUGGGCAAAAGGGGAAGGCCUUGCAGCACCUUUUUUUUUUCAAAUUGCAGAAUCCUGAGGAUUCCAAAACAAAAGAAAAGAAGAUGACCCAAAAAAAUUCUCAUGCAAUGAUAACAAAGGUUGAGAUCCAACAUGGCAAUUCAGAGUCUGCGGAUUUGAUCAGACCCCUUGGCGAGGGUCCUUCAGACAAGCCUGAUGGCGCUAACUGCAAUGAUAUUCAAUCCCAAAGCAUACCUCCUUUAGAUGGACAUAUAAGAGUAAUUUCCAAUAAUUCUUCUCACAGGUACAGGCUUCUCAGAGACAAAAAGGUGGCCAAGUCUCUUGCUAUCAUUGUCUGUACCUUUGGGGUUUGCUGGGCACCUUACACCUUGCUGAUGAUUAUCCGGGCAGCUUGUAAUGACACUUGUGUAUCCAAGGACUGGUAUGAGGUAACCUUCUGGCUUCUUUGGAUUAACUCGGCCAUUAAUCCUGUUCUUUAUCCUUUGUGUCAUAAUAGUUUUAGAAAGGCAUUUGUAAAGAUUCUCUGCCAGAAAAAAUUCAAGAUCAAGCCUCAGAUGAGUUUAAAAUAUACGUAAGUGAACAUUCUCUGUUUAAAAAGAGUCGUGAAUCAUUCCUGUCAAAGAAUCUUGUCUUCAUCAUCUUGUGGCUUUGAGCAUCAGAUGUUACCAAAAAAAGAGGUGACCCAAGUAGUAAAAAUAUAAAAUCAAUAUCCAAGGUGAAUAGCAGACAUACAGUAUACAGAUUAUUUCAUUUCAUCAGGAAAACAACAUCUAUUAUUUUCUCAAUGUGAGCUUCAGAGAGAUGGGUGUUUGGAUUAACUGCCUUCUCAGAUGGAUUGGAAUGAUCAUCAAGUUCCUCUUUUUAAUGCUGUUAUUACUGAAAUUCUCUUUUUGUCCUUCAGCUUCUGCAAACUGUGGCAUCACACUUAUCUCACACAUGUGCAUUUUUGAAAUAACUGUUCCAAUGUGCCCAUGAUGAGCAAAGAUUAUGAAGAAAUGUCAGCAUGCACAUGAAGGUCAACUAGUCCUUUGAUUUUCUUCAUGGGAGUUUCGCCACACGAAUGUUUGAAACAAUUAUAGGGAAUUUCCUCUUGAGAAUUCCACUUCAUGAACCGAGUGAUUGAACACUGGCUCAGACAACUCUGGAAGCAGUGAUUGAAUCUGCAUCGUUAUUCAGCUUUGAAAAUCUGCACUUAGCUAGUAAACAGCGGCAAUUGUAAGGCAAUUUCAUCCAAUCUGAUGCUUGUAUUUAUUCUGUCAUAAAGAAAACACAGAUUUGUGGAGGUAGAUUGGGAAAAAUACAGUAUACACUGUAUCAGUGAGAGGAAGAUGACCAGCAGGAAGAGUCAUGUGGAGCAUAUCAGGGGGCUACUUUUAAUGAUAAUCUUAACUGAUUGACAGGAGCAUCCCUUCGAGGGGAUAAAAAUAGAUAGCACUCAAGUCCCCAGGUGGGUCUCACCAGAGACCAUGGAGCUGUAAUUAUCUAUAGGUUGCAUAAGUUAUAUUUAUUUGUCCAAGUGCUAGAAUACUAUGUUUCUUUGUAUCAUUGAAGUCUGUUGUCUCCUUUUAUAAGAAAAUGCCUUUGUACAAGUGCUGUCCUGCAAAUUGUGUCAGUCCAUGAGUGAAGAAGCAGGCCAUCCAUGGGCCUAAUAGAGUCCACACCAGUUUUCCCUAAAGUGGACCAGAGUCAUAUUACAAUCUGGACAAUGUAAGUCUUUGUGCUUGUGAGGCCAGCCCAGUCCCUGUUACUUGUUACAAUGCAUAGGAAACUCAUGGCUUCCAGUUAGAUGGUGGUAGUUGAGUCAUUAAAUUACCUAAAGAGAUGUGUUUAUAUUCAAGGAGUUAAAACUGUGAAUCCAUCAGUGUAUAUGGAAUUAAAUAGCGAAUUCAAAAAAUAUGUGUUAGUUAAUUCCAUGUCAAAUAAUAAACAUAUGAUAAAGUACAUUAGUAGAUGCUCUACCAAAAACCAGCUGUAGAGCAAAUACCCACUUUUGCUUUUUUUUAACAAAGAAUUGAUGUCCACUAUUUUGCUUCUUUCACGGAGCACUUCUUCUUGAUUACAUCUUGCCUGAAGAAAAGGGGCCUGGGUUGCCUCGAAAGCUUACAUGUUGUAAAUGUUUUAG